CAAUCACUGCAGGAAACAGGAAAACAACCACACACAAGUACAGAGGACACGCAUAUGGACUUAAACUGCAGAACAACUGUUUUUGCUCUUCUUUGCAGAGGAUUAUAAUUCCUGCCUUCCCUUCAUGCAUGAGCCUUACAGGGAUCUUAGCAUAUUGAUAACAUCAUUCUGACUAAGGGAAAUAAACACAGAUAAAACUAAGCUUGCACUAAUUAGUCAGAUACAGCUAUGAUCCUGAUGGGUCGCAGUUUGUGUCUGCCUUCUCCAGCCACCAUCCAGGAGCUGUUUUCUGUGGCUCGGGAUGCCAGCAUCAUCCCUGAUAUCUCUCUAGAUCCUGUCCUCACCACCUUCCUCUCACUGGACUCCAAUGCAGCGCUGCAGCACCAUUAUGCCUUCUUACAGCGGAGCAUGAGCAUGGAGGAGCAGACAGCAUUCAACCUCAACCUGACCGGAGAGGUGGGGGCCAGCAGGGUCACAUAUGGAGGAGUAGGGAUUGUCGCUCUGGCUCUGUCCAUGCUACUUGAUCAAGUUUCUCAACAAGUCAGAGCACAAAGACCAACGGAGGAUCAUCCUUCAAGUCAGACUUCCAAAGCUAAGAUGAUUUUUGGCAUCAGCACCUCUUCGAGAAUUGGUUGGAUUAUUCACAACUACCUCCGCCUCAUUCCUGGCAUCGCCAACAGCCAGGAUCAGAUGGCCGAGACCACAGAGCUCUAUGACAACUGGCUGAAACUGGAGCUGCUUGACCAUUAUGAAAGGAUGACCACAAAGAAAAGAAUGAGUACAGAGUCCAUGCAGCAGUGGUUGGUGGGAGCUGCAUUUCAUCUGCACAUGAGAAUCCACCAGGUUCGUCUGCAAUCCGUUCCAUUAGGAUCCGCAGAAUCGUUGCGUUUGUCAUAUAAGACAGCCUUGAAUCACCUGGUUCAGGCCUACACAGCCUAUCUGCACAGAAACAUCAAGGAGACUGAAGCUCCAGGACCACAAAAACUCAAGUCCAGCCAGCCAGCCAGCGGUCCAAGAGAAACCCACAUGUUCAACAUGACAAACAUGAACUUCUCCAGUAAUGUUGGCUUGGCUCAUCCAGCUCAUGAAGUUAAUAAAUCCACCACAUUCCAGAUUAAACAAGACUUCGGACACGAUAAUCUGAAAGGAAGCAAUGACACAACUGAAGAGCUCAGGAGCAGAAACACAGUCAGCUUUGGUUACAGCAGGGAGGAGGAAGACAGCAUGUUUGGUCUGUUGGUCAUUGAGUUUCAGAAAAACGUGAGUCACGGUGUGCAACACCACCCCUGUGAGUCUCCAGCCAUCCAACAGGCUUUGGUGACUCGGAUCAUGAAUUCUCAGGAUCUGGAGCGCAACAGGAACUUUUUCCUUUACUCCAUAAGAGUCCUCCACAGCCUGCUCAGACAGAGGGACGACUUUGAGCUGAAGACAAAUUAGUCUUUGACAUGUUCCUCUGAUUGCACAACUCUGUGCACAAGAGAUAAAUUAAGACUCUCUGAGGAUGUUGAUUUUUCUGUUUUAUCAUGUAGAGAACAAAA